UAUUAAUUUCGAGUUCAGUUUUGUUAAGCCUGCUCUCAGAUCAUGACACUGACCUACAGGAUAGUGCUAACCUUGUUGGCCAUUGCUACUUUAUGCAAUGGAUAUAAACUUUUGGUGGUAUUUCCAUUGCCUUCUAAGAGUAAUUUCAAUUUAGGAAGUGCGUUAGCGCGAGGACUGGCUGAUGCAGGACACGAUGUAACUCUUCUGAUGCCUUAUGAAGACAAAUAUAACCCUACCAAUGGAACGUAUAGGUCCAUAGUGUUACAUGAAAUUUUUGAAGAACACAGUAAAAAUGAAAUGGACAUGUUUGCCUCUAGAGAAUCAACAUCGCAAUUCUUUAAAAUGUUUUCUGAAAUGAUAGACAUUGUAUCUAGGGGAACUUUGGGAUCAUCAAAAGUUAAGAAAAUGUUAGACGACGGGGAGACUUUUGACGCAGUCAUUGUAGAAGAAUUUAUGAUAGAUUCAUUAAAAGUAUUUAGACAUCUUUUUAAGGCACAUUUAAUCUCAUACACCAGCAUUGGGGCCAAUCCAAUGGUCAAUGAUCUUGUUGGUAAUCCAUCUCCAUUGUCGUUUAUACCUUCAAUGAAUUCCGGUUUACCUAUAAAGAUGACAUUUUUCCAAAGAGUUUACAACCUCUUUAUUGAUUUAUUCUCCAAAAUUUUCUUUGCUCUCGCGGUGCCUGAUCAAGAUAAACUUCUUAAACAGUAUUAUCCAGAUGCCCCAUCUGUGGAGGAACUAAAGAAAAAUGUAUCAUUGGUGUUAAUGAAUUCGCAUGUUAGCAAUUUUCAACCAGUACCAACAGUUCCAAAAAUGAUAGCAAUAGGUGGUUACCAUGUUCAGCCCCCAAAAGGCCUCCCCAAAGACCUAAAAGAUUAUUUGGAUAAAGCGGAACAUGGAGUUGUAUACUUCAGCAUGGGUUCUAUUUUAAAGAGCAAAAACAUGCCAAGAGAAAAGGUGGAAGUUCUUCUUGGAGCGUUCAAGCAACUCAAACAGAAGGUCCUCUGGAAAUGGGAAGAGGAUAACUUGCCUGGAAUACCAGAAAACGUUAGAACAAUGAAAUGGGUACCACAAGCAGACGUCCUAGCUCACCCUAACGUAAAAUUAUUCAUAACACACGGUGGCCUACUCAGUUCAACAGAAACAAUUUAUUUCGGAAAACCCGUUUUGGCCAUACCAAUUUUUGGUGAUCAACCGGCAAACGCACAGAAUAUGGUAAACCAUGGAUUUGCACUAAGCCAUAAUUACAAAGAUCUGACGAACUCAAACGAAUUUUUGGCCAAAAUUAAAGAAAUGCUGAACAAUCCUAAGUAUUAUGAAAAUGCUCAAGCGAGAUCAAAAAUUAUGCAUGACAGAAAAGUUAAGCCUAUGGAUGAAGCCGUGUUUUGGGUUGAAUAUGUCAUACGUCACAAUGGUGCUCAGCACCUUCGUGUGGCUGGCGAAGACUUAACGUGGUACCAAUAUCUACUUCUAGAUGUUGUGGCCUUUGUAUUUGUUGCUGUAGUACUAUUGUUGGCAGUAUUAAUUGCAAUGUUGCGAUGGGUUACUAAAAAAGUAUUAAGAUGUCAGUGUGCAAGUAAGAGUGAUAAAGAUAAGAAGGUCAAAAAGCAUUAGUAUUUAUAGUGUUUGUAUUUUUGUUGACUUUUUAAAUUGUUUUUUAAGAUUAAAAAUUAAAAAUUA